AUGUCCUUCAGCCAAAAUCAACAACAUCCACCUCCUAUACUACAACAACAUCAAGAACAUCAAGAACAACAGGAACUUCAACAGGAACAACCAACAACUCCAACUGAACUCCCACCUCCACCAGAAAAUAUCCUUGUAGCCCCCAUUGCUUUCCCCAAAACUUUCAUCACCCCAUGCUUCAUUGAACAACCAAGUAUUCUAACUGAUUGGCGCUACGAGUACCGCCGUGUAGCUCAACAAGUCGAUUCAAACCUUUGGCUUGGACCCCUUUGCAUUGUUCGCAAUGAAGAUUUUCUACGCCAACGAAAUAUCUCUGUUCUUAUUUUUAUUUCAGACAUGCGUAUGGUCCCAGCCGUUGUACGUCACCGCUAUGAACCAUCUGGAGAGUUCACCUGUCUUACAUACGAUCCUGGUAAUAGAAUUUCAAACCCAAUGAAUAUUGUUUCCCAACUUGAAACAAUUUGUGCAAAUAUCCGAGAUGCUGAAGCCAUUGGUACAUCAACUCUUGUCUAUUGCGAAUCAGGUAAUGAAGCUUCUGCCCUAGUCGUUGUUGCAUAUAUGAUUUACAAGCAUGGAAUGAACUUUGUACGUGCAAUCCAACACGUCCAGUCAAAACGAUUUUCCAUUGCUCUUGACGAUGCUGCUAAAUACAAUCUUAAAACUUUUGAAGAUAUCUGUUCUGCUAAACGUUUACUAGCAAACCAGCCUAGAACUUCGCCUCUAAGCUCAAAACGCAAUAUCCGCAUGCGCGAUGAUGAUGAAGACGAUCUCGAGGAAGAAUACACCCUCACGCGUGCCAAAAUACGUGAUAUCCGUGACGCCAAUGAUGAAUGA